UUUAUUCGUGUAUGUUUUAGUUUACAUACAUAUAUCAACUUACUUAAACUCAAUUCGAUUGCAUUUCGUUCAUACGAACGUAUUUCAAGGACACGCCGAAAUAUGAGAUUAUCGCACGUAAGACCGAUUAAGACAAUCUUGCUUAUAUUAUCGCAUGCACAUUGGUACUGCAAUCGUAAUCGUGCGACGUAUUCAAAACCAAUAAUUGCCAGAACGAGACAUAUCAAUGUUAAAACAUUCCUCGGGACGUGGAUUUUGCGCAAAGAAAUACAUCAUUUCCGCAUAUAAAAAGAUAUUCUGAAAUGAAAAAAAUUAGUAGUGCGCAAUUAACAAUUCAGUACUAAAGUCAUUUGCGUUUAUACAAGACGUUAUUCGUGUCUAAUUUCUCAUUAUGGCUCAAAGUCACAUCAUUUCUGCGAUCUUCCUGACGCUCGUUUCUGCAAAUAUGAUAUAUGGAGGAAUUAUACCAGAACAACUGUUUCACGAAGGCUUUAUCACAGAUUUUGCAAGUAUACCCAAGAUUCGCGAGUUAUCUCGUAAUUUUGCGACAUCAGCAGCUAGUACAGCAUCAAAUACUUUCAACGACUUCAGAACGCGUAUUGAUAACUUACGUACCGUUUUGAGUCAACGUAUAAAUAUUCCACCUGAAUAUCCUAUAUUACAUCGCAUCAUGCAUGGAGAUAUAUGGCCGAAUGUUGCGGGUCCAGCACCGAUUGUUUCUGGUCGUAUAAUAUCGCCACGUCCUAUAGGCAAUUAUAGAGGCAUUGGCGAUAGUAUUGGUGCUGCUUCCGCUGGAGCUGCAAGUUCUGCUGCAUCUAGAAGAUUAGCGAAGUAUUAAGCUCGCAAUUCACUGUAAAAUAUCGACGUUGAAAUUGAACAGUUAUUAUAUUAUCUGACAAUUAAUAUACAUAAUACAUAAUACAAGAUUUACACAAAGUCCUUAAUAUACUUACUGAUAGUAAGUUUGAUUAAGUACAUCGAAAUAAUAGAGUG